AUGGCCGAAGACACCGUCGCCCAGAUCAUCGUCAACAGCCUCCACAAGGCUGGCGUUCGCUACGUCUUUGGAGUACCAGGCGCAAAGAUCGAUGCCAUCUUCGACUGUCUCCAAGAUCACCCCGAGAUCAAACUAGUCGUUGCUCGACAUGAACAGAACGCGGCUUUCAUGGCAGCAGCUCUCGGGCGCAUCACAGGAACGCCUGGAGUGUGUCUAGCUACCAGCGGUCCUGGAGCGAGCAAUUUGGCUACCGGUCUUGUCACCGCGAACACGGAAUGCGACCCGGUGGUAGCUCUCGUGGGCAGCGUGCCUCGAGCAAUGCAGCUCCAUCGAACACAUCAGAGCAUGAGGACGCUCGACAUCCUUGGACCGACCUCCAAACUGGCCGUUUCGAUCGACGUCGAGGACCAGGCGGCCGAAGUCAUCCUCGACGCUUUCAGAACGGCGUCUUCCUCGCCCAGAGGCACUGCGGUCGUCAACAUCCCAAGCGACGUGGCCAAGGGAAAAUCCAAGAUCCUCCCGUUCCCAAGCCAUGCUUUUCUGCCCCCAACGUACGGCAUCUCCCCUAUUUCACGCCUCGACGAGACCAUCGAGAUGAUCAAAACCGCAAAGCUGCCCGUGCUGUUCCUGGGGCUACGCGCCAGUGCGCCAAGGGUCGUCGACCAAGUGCGCAAACUGCUGUCGAAAUUCCCCAUUCCGACCGUCGAGACGUUCCAAUCCGCCGGUGCCAUCUCCAAGGAACUCGUGCACGUCUUCUACGGUCGCGUCGGCCUCUUCAGGAACCAAUGCGGUGACAAGUUGUUGGCCAAGUCCGACCUCAUCCUCUCCGUCGGCUACGACCCGGUCGAGUACGACGCCAGUGCUUGGAACCCAAGAGGCGACGGCCGCAUCGUGCACAUCGACGUGACCUCGGCGGACUACGGAGCGUCGUACCGUCCGAUCUCAGAACUGGUCGGGUCGAUAGCCGAGAACCUCGCGUACAUCUCUUCCCAUCUUCCACACAUCUCCGAGUCCUCCAUCGCGGAACAAUGUCGGCCGUUCCGAGACGAGUUCCUCUCCUGGCAACGACAUCCGGACAUCAAACGGUCCUCCGGUCUCGUGCACCCGCUCCAUUUCAUCACCGUUCUCCAGGGCCUCGUGUCCAAAGACACCACCGUCUGCGUCGACGUCGGCUCCGUCUAUAUUUACUUUAUGAGAUACUUCUUCGCCUACGAGCCGCGCCGCCUCCUGUGCUCCAACGGCCAACAGACUCUCGGCGUCGGUCUCCCCUGGGCCAUCAGCGCGAGCCUGGCGCAGCACCCCCCGUGCUCCGAGAAGGUCGUCUCCGUGAGCGGCGACGGCGGCUUCAUGUUCUCGUCCCAGGAAAUGUCGACCGCCGUGCAGCAAGGGUGCAACAUCACCCACUUCGUCUGGAACGACGAGGCCUACAACAUGGUCGAGUUCCAGGAAGUCAUGAAGUACAACCGCUCGUCGGGCGUCAAGCUUGGCGGCGUCGAUUUCGUCAAGUUCGCCGAGAGUUUCGGCGCAAAAGGGUUCAGGAUCUCCGACUCGUCUCAGGUCGAGACCGUGAUAAAGGAAGCCCUGGGCCACGAGGGCGUGUCGCUGGUCGAUGUUGCGAUCGACUACUCUGGCAACAUUGAUCUUGCGAAGACCAUCUCUCAGGAUCAAUGGAACUAG